UCCCGCUAAUAUUAUCGGCACCGCGCCGGUGUCGGACGUCGCUGCGUUAUUUUUUCUCCCGAAACUUUUUAAUAAACAAACGUUUAUUUAUCAUCGUGAUCUGUGACUUUUAUGCGAUAGUGUUUGACAGUUGGAUGUUUAAUGAAAUUUUAUGUGCUAAAUUAAUUGACAAGUGUGUGUGUUGUGUUGCGAAUGGAUUGCUGGCGUUGCAUUUAGUGUAAUGAUUUAAUUAGUGACAAGUGACAAAAUGCCAACCCGUAUCGACCGCGCCACAACAUUAUAGCGCAACAAUGACGGGAACAGAAGCGAGAGUGGAGAUGACUUGAUCGUGUUGUUUUUCCGUACAAACCAAUAAUGCCAGGACUCUAUAAUGCCUGACCGGGAGGCUGUCGGACCUGCGGGUAACGGUUUUCUGCCACUGCAGUUCCCGUCGGCGUUCGCUGCGUUCCAUGCGACUGCGCCAUCGCCGCCUGGUACCAUGCACCACGCUACGCACUACCAUCAUCAUGCUCAGUUAGCAGCAGCAGCAGCAGCAGCCGCUGGCGCCACCAGUGAGCUGAGCUACCUGGCUGCACUCCACCCCGCCUACCGACCAGUACCGUACGACCAUCCCCUGUAUGGGGCUAAUACUUUACGAGGUCUUGAAUACCUGAGUGCAGCACGUAGUCUUCAUCCAGAGCUACACGCGGGCAGUACGCUUGCAAGUCAAGAUUUUCAACUUAGUUUAGAAGGUUCAAGAAUAGCAUCACCAAACCGUCUCCGGCUUUCCGGGGGCGCUAUAAGUGCAUCAGCCAAUCGAAAACGGGCAGUAUCCUGGAGUCCCUACUCCGCUGAGUCCCUGGACCUGGCUGCAGUAAUCAGAGCGUCUCCAGCCAGCCUGGCAGUUAGAGCACCCUCUGCAGCGUCCACGGGAAGCUAUGGCCAUCUUAGCGCUGGUAAAUAUGGCUGUGCAAUAUCCCCCGCACUAUCCCUAUCGCACGCGUCGCUCGCGCAGCAGCUCCUUGCGAGAGGAGGUGUGGGGGGGAGCGGGGUGCUGCCCGCGGGGGUGCUGCUGGACCCCGCGCACCAGCAGGCGGCCGCUGCGGCUGCGCAUCAUGCGGCACACGCGCAUCUUGUUGCUGGUAUUCAUCGAUCUCACAUAUCAUCACCAACCCAGCUUCUCAUAGGGGCUCCAGUGGACGUCCGACCGGGCCUGGGGCUGGACAGCACCCCACCGCACAUGCAGCAGCAGGAAGUCACUAGUGUUAUGGAAGCUGAUAGCGCUUCAACAGCGCUAAAUCAGCGCAAAUCGCCCCAAAGCCUAAUGUCCCAUAGAGACAGUAUGCACAGCAACAAGCCGCUGAGCGCAGCCGCCGAAAGCACUGUACAUGAUGGAUUGGACUCUAAAGACGAACCAGGAGAUUUUAUUGAAACUAAUUGUCAUUGGGUGGAAUGCAAACUAGAGUUCCCAACCCAGGAUGAUCUUGUAAAGCACAUUAACACAGACCACAUCCACGCCAGUAAGAAGGCGUUCGUCUGCCGCUGGGUUGGAUGCUCUAGAGAUGAGAAACCGUUCAAAGCUCAGUACAUGCUGGUCGUGCAUAUGCGCAGACAUACUGGGGAGAAACCGCAUAAGUGUACAUUCGAAGGUUGCUGUAAAGCGUACUCUCGCCUAGAAAACUUGAAGACUCACUUACGGAGCCACACCGGGGAAAAGCCCUACACUUGCGAGUAUCCCGGAUGCGCGAAAGCCUUUUCCAAUGCAAGUGAUAGGGCUAAACAUCAAAAUAGAACACAUAGUAAUGAGAAACCAUAUGUAUGUAAAGCGCCUGGUUGCACAAAGAGGUACACCGACCCCUCAUCACUUAGAAAACACGUGAAGACAGUCCAUGGAGCCGAGUUUUAUGCCAGUAAAAAGCAUAAGGGUUGCAACCGUGGUGAUGACUCUGCAGAAUCAGGUGGAGGGGGAGCUGGAUCUUCCCCCCGGUCAGAGGAGGGCGGAGCUCCCCUGGGGGUGCGGCACACCUCUUCCGCGUCUGUCAAGAGCGAAAGUCCAGCAUCUCCACUACCCUUGGGGCUGCAUACUCCGGCUCAUCAGUUAUCAGCGCAAUGUGGGGGUGAAUUGGACUUCGGUGGUUCUGGCCUUGGAGGCUUUAGUGAUGAAAAUGGCGUCCCUUACUUCAGGCUAGAUGGAGAGGUGGAAGGCGAAGUAGUAGGGGAAGUAGGGCAACUCCCUCUAAUGCUGCGCGCUAUGGUGGCUAUCGGCUCUCCGCGCGCACACGCCGCACACGCCGCACACGCCGCACACGCCGCACAUGCGCCGCGCUUGCACAAGCUGCCGUUGGCGCGCUUCGUGCCGCUGCAGCCCGACGUCGGAGGCGGUGUGCCCGGUAGAACGGAGAUCGGUAGCACGAACGUGGCGGUAGAAUUGAAAACUGGGCUUCCCAAUACGAGGCGAGAUUCUGGAAUUUCUUCUGGUAGCAGCCUGUACAGUGCUAGAUCAUCCGACAUCUCCCGCAAGAGCAGCCAAGCGUCCGUAGUGUCGGGCGCGGUGGGUGCGGGCAGACCGCCUCCCGCUGUGUAUGAUCAGCUCUCGCCUGAUAGCAGCCGCAGAUCUAGUCAAGUAUCGUGUGUCGGUUACGCGCCGCCUCCAUCAUCAGCUCUCGCCGCAGUACAGGCAGUCAGAACCUCGCAAGGCAAUCAGGCUGUUCUCCUCCGUGGAGUAACCUGCACAGAAGUAAGGGCAGAAGAAUUAACCCUAGAGCUGGACCCCAACGUGCAAGUGAAAGAAGAAGCCAGAAGACUCUCAGAACAGUCCAACCUGAGCGACCAGCAGUACCAACCGUACCCUUGCAGUAAUGAUGAUGUGGGUGAUGUUCCAUUCCCGUUCAAGACAGAGGAAGACCAGGACGCCGUCAACUACAAGGAGUCCCGCUCCAACUCCACCACCACCGUGGUGAUCACCACUGCACAAGUUCACCAUCCCAACCAAGAGGUUAACCUGGAACAGGUUGCUGAAGGAGAAAUGGUGGAAAACAAGCUGGUGAUACCAGACGAAAUGAUGCAAUAUCUUAACCAAUCCAUAUUGGGCACCGACACGGCACCAGCUAACACCGACUCCAAGGAAGACAAGGAAGAAGACAGUGCAACCAAAGAGAACAUACCCACAGACAUUCAGAACGCAAACAAUUCCUCUGACAAAAUCAGUGAUGUCGCCACUAGUGACGAUUCUCUACUCAAAAAUCUUGGUGCCAUAGGUAGUGAUCUCAACAUAAGUGAUAUACAAGUCGAUUUAAGGUCAUUAGAUGUUAGUAUGUCUGGUAACAGCGGCUCUCUUUUAGCUAAAACGCCGGACGAUAAGAACCCGCCGUUGCAGGAACAAGUUAUUCCUGAAGUUGUUAAUGAGAAUUGUGAGAAAGAGUUUAAUUGUAAUAGACCACCAGCGAGUCAAGCUUCGAUACCGAGUAAUCCCUUACAAUCAUUGCAAUCCAUGACUGCGAAUCAAACAGAACAAUCCAAUAGGAUGCGAAUGAACAACCCCUUACCUCAAAAGCAGACAGCAGUUACAAAAACAAACGUACAGACAACUAUGAGUACGAAUCUCCCGCACGGCAUGUUAAGUCCGCAAAGUCUACCUCACAGUACGAUGAGUCCCCAGAGUGUGAUGAGUCCCCACAACAUGCCCAACAUUAUGAGUCCCAGUGCGUACAAUGUGAUGAGUCCCCAGAGCGUCAUGAGCGUCAUGUCCCCACAACACAACGCUAUGAGCCCGCAAAGCAUGCAGAGUUUAAUGAGUCCCCAAAUGCCGAACCAAAUGGUGAUGAGUCCCCGCCACAAUAACAUCGGCAGUCCGAUGUCGCAAAAUCUAAACAGUCCCAUGAUGAACAUGGCGAGUCCCAUGAGCCAUGGCAUGCCGAGUCCCAUGCACCCAGGGCUUCAAAGCCCUAUUACGAGUCCUAUGAUCCAAAACAUGACGAACAUGACCAUGAACAUGCCGUCUCCUCAAAAUCAGAACCAAAACGUCAUGAUGAAUAUGAACGCAAAUACUCCACAAAUGACACCUUACAACAAUCAGAGACAAAACUGCAAGAUGCCAAACAAAAACUACAACAAUGUUCCCAAACAGUAUCCUAACCAAAACUUUAACCAGGCAUACCCAAUGCAAAACCAAAUACCGCAGCAGAACAUGCAAUAUCCGAUGAUGCAACAAUUUAACCAGAACCAAAUGCAACAAAUGCCUAUACCACAAACGCAGAUCCAAUACAACAUGAACUAUCCCCAGAAUUACGUGCACCAGAAUAACCAGAUGCAUCCAAUGCAAAUGUCCAGAUCAUCUAUGAUGAGCGUAGAUAACAGCGGGAACAUGAGUAGAGGCGCUAUGAAUAGUUACUGCGAGAACCAAUGUCCACAGCAGAACAUGCAAUACAAUCAAAAUGUGCAAUACGCCCAACCACCUCCCUACAAUUCUGUGAACAACGUUAUGGGUCCACCACCCCCUAAAAAUAACCAAUACAACCAAUUCUACCCUCGAAACCAAUGGGAAUACAACCAAUACAACAAACAGAUGCAGAAAUCUAUGCAAAACUCGAUAAACAUGUCAACAGGCAGCCAAAAACCUGUCAACGGGAUGAGGUCCAUGAACCAAAUGAAGAACGACCAAACAGACUGUAGUAUGAACAGUUUGAGAAGCCAAAACCAACCGAGUGACGUCCAAGUGUGGGAUAUAUCCCAAUCUCAAAUAGACGCGUCAAACAACAGGAAAAAACAGAACAGCAUGCGACAGGACACGUAUCAAAGGACACUAGAAUAUGUGGAAAAUUGUGAAAAUUGGAAAAGUUCUGAAAUGGUGUCAAGCAGUACACAUCCUUUACAAGGCGGGGAUAACAUGGUUGUAAACGACUUGCAAACUUCGUUAUCUUCGUUUUACGAAGAGAAUCAAUAUUUACAAAUGAUACAAUAGUUUAUGAAAUUAAAUAUGUGUAGUUAUAUUUUGAAUGCAAUGAAUUUCUGUACAAUUUUACAUCUAGCAAUAUUGUUGUUUGAAAAAUAUGUCUAUGGUGCUAGUUAUGUCUUUGAAUAAAUUUUCCGCCUUUUAUAUUAAGCGAUUACAUUACAUAAAUGUUAUAAUACGCUUUUGUACACUAUAAAUAAAUACUACAUUAGAAAAUGAUCAAGUAAACUCAAAGUUUUUUAAGUUUACUUUUCAGAAAUAUUCAAUUUGUAUACAUUUCUUCUAUAGGUUUUUAAAAACGUUGACAUUUUAUUAUAAUGAUGAAUUUAUUUUGUAUUUCACGUCGUGCUAGCACAAGUUUAUCUAUACUAAUAUUAUAAAGCUGAAGAGUUUGUUUAUUU